CAUCCCACAGAGAGGAGUUGCGUAUACAUCUAUUUCACUGGAUUUGACGGCAACUCUAGAGCUCAUAAAGAUUGCUUUACUAAACCUGAUGGUGAAAUGAUCAUGUUUCUGGACCAGUCAGAAAAUUUUGACAAUCUCCCCAGCCACAUCGUAUGUCAGUACAAAUGUCCAUAUUUCGUGGGUAACUCUCAGGUCGUUAUAAAAGGACCAAAAGAUGGAAGGUGGAUGGUGGUAAGUUGGAUGGACAUUAUCUUAAAAACGAAAAUGACAAACACACACGGCGCGUUAAGGUGAUCUUUUAAAAAAGUUAGUAACUUUAAGGUGAUCUGUUAAAGAAGUUAGUAACUUUAAGGUGAUCUGUUAAAGAAGUUAGUAACUUUAAGGUUAUCUGUUAAAGAAGUUAGCAACUUUAAGGUGAUCUGUUAAAGAAGUUGGCAACUUUAAGGUGAUCUGUUAAAGAAGUUAGCAACUUUAAGGUGAUCUGUUAAAGAAGUUAGUAACUUUAAGGUGAUCUGUUAAAGAAGUUAGCAACUUUAAGGUGAUCUGUUAAAGAAGUUAGUAACUUUAGGGUGAUCUGUUAAAGAAGUUAGCAACUUUAUGGUGAUCUGUUAAAGAAGUUAGCAACUUUAAGGUGAUCUGUUAAAGAAGUUAGUAACUUUAAGGUGAUCUGUUAAAGAAGUUAGCAACUUUAAGGUGAUCUGUUAAAGAAGUUAGUAACUUUAAGGUGAUCUGUUAAAGAAGUUAGUAACUUUAAGGUGAUCUGUUAAAGAAGUUAGCAACUUUAAGGUGAUCUGUUAAAGAAGUUAGUAACUUUAAGGUGAUCUGUUAAAGAAGUUAGCAACUUUAAGGUGAUCUGUUAAAGAAGUUAGUAACUUUAAGGUGAUCUGUUAAAGAAGUUAGCAACUUUAAGGUGAUCUGUUAAAGAAGUUAGUAACUUUAAGGUGAUCUGUUAAAGAAGUUAGUAACAAGAACAAGCGCUUCUGGAGCUAUGUGAAACACCAAAAGUCCUCAAACGCUGGAGUUUCCCCCUUGAGGUGGGAUGGCCAAUUGACAUCUGACCCAAAAGCACAGGCGGAGAUACUCAAUCAGCAGUUCCAGUCGGUCUUUGGUGACGGUAGAGAGUACUCUGAGACUGAGUUCCUUCUGAAAACCAAAAUGAUGAACAGAGCCUAUCCUAUCAUGGGAGAUAUCCAGAUAUCAGAACAAGGUGUGUUUGCCCUCCUCAAUACCAUUAAUCCUUACAAAGCAUGUGGUCCUGACAACAUUAAACCACGAGUGCUCAAAGAAUUAGCCAAAGAAAUCGCUCCUGCACUGACAAUCCUCUUCCAAUCGUCACUAUGCACAGGAAAUGUUCCAGCAGACUGGAGAACAGCGCAUGUCACUCCAAUUUACAAGAAAGGGGAGCAUUCCGACCCUGCCAACUAUCGUCCGAUAUCCCUCACUAGCGUCGUCUGCAAACUGUUGGAGCACAUAAUCGUAAGCUCUGUCAUGAAGCAUCUUGAAAGCCAAAAUAUACUCAAUGACUGUCAACAUGGCUUCCGAGUCAAUAGGUCAUGUGAGACCCAGCUUCUCGAAUUUGUAGAAGACUUGAUGACCAAUCUGGAGAACCACAAGCAGACUGACGUGCUAGUAAUGGACUUCGCAAAAGCAUUUGACCGGGUGAAUCAUAGUUUGCUUCUACACAAACUCCAGAUAUAUGGGAUUCAAGGCACCACUAAAACAUGGAUCUCUAGCUUCCUCAGCCACCGACGCCAAGCAGUAGUGGUGGGCGGUACAAGCUCCUCCUUUGUCAAUGUGAAGUCAGGGGUCCCCCAGGGAUCAGUCCUGGGCCCCUGUUUGUUCCUAGCAUACAUUAAUGACCUACCGGAGAAACUGACAUCACAGGCAAGACUGUUUGCAGAUGACACAGCAGUGUAUAGGACGAUCGCCAACAGAUCUGACCAGGACCAGCUACAACAGGAUCUCAAUCUGUUAGCUGAGUGGGAGAUGAGCUGGGACAUGGAAUUUCACCCUGCCAAGUGCCAGACACUAUCAAUCUCUAGAAGUUGUACUCCUCUACACUACCAAUACAAACUGCACGGCCAUAUUCUUGAGCAAGUUUCCUCCGUAAAGUACCUGGGUGUUACCAUUCAAAGAGAGGUCCGAUGGGAUGAACAUAUUAACAAUGUAUGUAACCAAGCAAACAAGACCCUAGGGUUCUUAAGGCGAAAUCUAAAGAUUGGCAACUCCUGUGUGAAAGAAAGAGCAUAUAAAGCCUUUAUCCGUCCGAUUUUAGAUUAUGCAUCUUCAGUCUGGGACCCAUUUACCCAGAAGAGCAUUGACAGGUUGGAGGCGGUCCAGCGACGAGCAGCACGCUUUGUCCUAAACCGCUACAGGAAUACCUCAAGUGUUGGCAGCAUGCUAGAAACACUAGGCUGGUCACCAUUGGAGAAACGACGACGACAAUCCAGGCUCUCCAUGAUGUACAAGAUAAAUAAUGGGCUGGUCCACUGUUCCAGUAUUAAACAGAAACUCGUACCUCUCCCCCAUAGACAGCGACGAGGCCAUGACAGGCAAUUCAGGCUCAUACCAGCAAGAAGCCAGUAUAGGAGCUGCUCAUUCCUGCCCAAGACAAUCAGGGACUGGAACAAUCUUUCAAAAGGAACGGUUGAGGCGACAACACUAGACACAUUUGUGUCUAUUGCCUCAAGCCUUCAAACCCCCAGUGCAUGAUUCCCUCACAAAGUGGCACUGGAAAUCUGUGAAAUUUCCUCAUCAACACCAGGAACAGAAACAUUGCAAAUCCCAUCUACAUGCAUAGGAGCCAAAAUGAUCAAUAAAUUGAUCGUGGGCCCUUAAGAUAUAGAAGAAGAAGAACUUUAAGGUGAUCUGUUAAAGAAGUUAACAACUUUAAGGUGAUCUGUUAAAGAAGUUAGCAACUUUAAGGUGAUCUGUUAAAGAAGUUAGUAACUUUAAGGUGAUCUGUUAAAGAAGUUAGUAACUUUAAGGUGAUCUGUUAAAGAAGUUAGCAACUUUAAGGUGAUCUGUUAAAGAAGUUAUUAACUUUAAGGUGAUCUGUUAAAGAAGUUAGUAACUUUAAGGUUAUCUUUUAAAGAAGUUAGCAACUUUAAGGUGAUCUGUUAAAGAAGUUAGUAACUUUAAGGUGAUCUGUUAAAGAAGUUUUUUACUUUAAGGUGAGCUGUUAAAGAAGUUAGCAACUUUAAGGUGAUCUGUUAAAGAAGUUAACAACUUUAAGGUGAGCUGUUAAAGAAGUUAGCAACUUUAAGGUGAGCUGUUAAAGAAGUUAGUAACUUAAGGUGAGCUGUUAAAGAAGUUAGUAACUUUAAGGUGAUCUGUUAAAGAAGUUAGCAACUUUAAGGUGAGCUGUUAAAGAAGUUAGCAACUUUAAGGUGAGCUGUUAAAGAAGUUAGCAACUUUAAGGUGAUCUGUUAAAGAAGUUAGCAACUUUAAGGUGAGCUGUUAAAGAAGUUAGGAACUUUAAGGUGAGCUGUUAAAGAAGUUAGCAACUUUAAGGUGAGCUGUUAAAGAAGUUAGCAACUUUAAGGUGAGCUGUUAAAGAAGUUAGCAACUUUAAGGUGAGCUGUUAAAGAAGUUAGCAAAUUUAAGGUGAUCUGUUAAAGAAGUUAGCAACUUUAAGGUGAGCUGUUAAAGAAGUUAGCAACUUUAAGGUGAUCUGUUAAAGAAGUUAGCAACUUUAAGGUGAUCUGUUAAAGAAGUUAGCAACUUUAAGGUGAUCUGUUAAAGAAGUUAGUAACUUUAAGGUGAUCUGUUAAAGAAGUUAGCAACUUUAAGGUGAUCUGUUAAAGAAGUUAGUAACUUUAAGGUGAGCUGUUAAAGAAGUUAACAACUUUAAGGUGAGCUGUUAAAGAAGUUAGCAACUUUAAGGUGAGCUGUUAAAGAAGUUAGUAACUUUAAGGUGAGCUGUUAAAGAAGUUAGUAACUUUAAGGUGAUCUGUUAAAGAAGUUAGUAACUUUAAGGUAAUCUGUUAAAGAAGUUAGCAAUUUAAGGUGAUCUGUUAAAGAAGUUAGCAACUUUAAGGUGAUCUGUUAAAGAAGUUAGUAACUUUAAGGUGAGCUGUUAAAGAAGUUAGCAACUUUAAGGUGAGCUGUUAAAGAAGUUGGCAACUUUAAGGUGAGCUGUUAAAGAAGUUAGCAACUUUAAGGUGAUCUGUUAAAGAAGUUAGCAACUUUAAGGUGAUCUGUUAAAGAAGUUAGCAACUUUAAGGUGAUCUGUUAAAGAAGCUAGUAACUUUAAGGUGAGCUGUUAAAGAAGCUAGUAACUUUAAGGUGAGCUGUUAAAGAAGUUAGCAACUUUAAGGUGAUCUGUUAAAGAAGUUAGCAACUUUAAGGUGAUCUGUUAAAGAAGUUAUUAACUUUAAGGUGAUCUGUUAAAGAAGUUAGUAACUUUGAGGUUAUCUGUUAAAGAAGUUAGCAACUUUAAGGUGAUCUGUUAAAGAAGUUAGUAACUUUAAGGUGAUCUGUAAAAGAAGUUAACAACUUUAAGGUGAGCUGUUAAAGAAGUUAGUAACUUUAAGGUGAGCUGUUAAAGAAGUUAGUAACUUUAAGGUGAGCUGUUAAAGAAGUUAGUAACUUAAGGUGAGCUGUUAAAGAAGUUAGCAACUUUCAGGUGAGCUGUUAAAGAAGUUAGCAACUUUAAGGUGAGCUGAGCAUUUCUACUAACAUUAAGUUGAACACAAUAGAACAACGGGUCAUUAAGUUGAACACAAUAGAACAACGGGUGGGGGUGGGGAAGGGGUGUUUCCGCUUUGUAUUUAACCUUGAAAUUAUUCGUGACCCCAUAGGGCAACUUAUUGAUGGGCAUCUGACCAUAGGGCAACUUAUUGAUGGGCAUCUGACCAUAGGGCAACUUAUUGAUGGGCAUCUGACCAUAGGGCAACUUAUUGAUGGGCAUCUGAGAAAUAUUGAGCCUUGACCUGGUGUAAAUAAGGAGGAGAUUUUUUAAAAAAAGAUAAAAAUAGUCCAAAAUUACUCCUGAACGGUUAUUAUCAAUUUGAAAACAGAAGGGAUGCGUAUAAUCGAAUGUACAAUGUGAGCUCAUGGGGUCGGUGAAUAAGUGAAGAUAUGUAUUAAAAAUAGCUUUUAAAUAUAUUUCUAAAAGUAUAAUCAGUGAAAGGUAACAAGGGCGUAUUUUUAAUAAAUUCACCUGGGAGAAUUCUCAAACGUGCGUGCCCCCUAACACCCAACAAUUGAUAAUUUAUUUAAUUGUAAGUCUUCAUAUGAGCCCAAAAAAAAUGUCAAAUUUGGAUGAUAGAAAGGUUGUCAAACAUAGGUGAUGGUAAACAAUGUCAAAUAUAUGUGAUAAGACAGUAUGUCAAGUAUAUGUGAGAAUAAAAAAAUGUAAAACAUAGGUUAAAAUAAAGAAAGGGAAUCACAUUUUCAAGGAAACUCAUUGAAGCGACGCUCUUCCCGUAUUGUCCUGUCGUUUUAUUUCCCACUCCCUCAUAACUUGUUCCUGUUAUUUCCUUAGCACAACUUGAAUGCCAUCAUUAUUUAAUAUUAUUUUAUUUACUAUUUGAACUCCCACAUAAAAGGUAAAAAUAUAAAAUAAGUUUUAAUUACGAGUAAAUUUAUUCAUAAAUUAUACUCAUUGAAAUAUUUAUAAGAUAAGAUUCUUUUAUUGAUCCAAAAAACGGAAAUGAUUUUCGAUUGCAUCAUACAUUUUCAACACAGAAAUAAAAAAAUUUGAACGCAAGAUUUUUAUAAUAAAUCAUCUCAAACAGCCAUUCAGUGAGUUCUCUUAGCCAAAUCGGGGACUUAUUAGUUCUCAUGAAGAUGUGUGACUUCAGAGGGACCAUGCUGGUAAAUUCGUACAAAUUGGGGAAACAAAAGAAUUUUUAUAUCUUUCGGUGCUCGGCCUGAUGGCAAGAAUUCAUUCCGAAGUCGCCCGAUGUUAUGUAUCUGUGAUGAAGAGGAUGGGGCGUAUCAUCCAAAAUGUGUUUAGUUUUACAAAAACAUCUUUCUUCAAAUAGUUUUUCAAGUGAAGGAUGUUUAGUUUGUGUUAUGUUCCUAGCUUUCUUGAUUAAUCGGUUUAUGCGGUGUUUAAUAUCAAACGUUGAAUUCCCACACCAGCAGGUAACACUGAAAUUAAGUAGGCUAUAGCUAAUGCCUUUUAUCAGUUGUAAAUUGGUUCGGUUUCCGUACAGUAAAGAAAGUUCACCAUCGUUGGUUUUAAGAAUCCCAAUUUAUUUUGAGAAAUGCAAAUUUUGUUUGACACGAAUAUUGAGCACAAACGUGCACGCCAUGCCGUGCACUUGCGAAUAUUGAGCACAAACGUGCACGCCAUGCCGUGCACUUGGGGGAAUUCUACUUGCGGCGCUACUGAAGAGAACUUAAACGCAGUAAACUUGUCGUUUUCUUAUAUUCUAGAAAUUUUGAUACUCAUUUGAAGAUACUAUCUAGGGUAAGUAUUCUUACCCUAACCACCCACAUACAAGUGUACACACUAUUCCCUUCCCUUGAUGUGCCAUUAAAGCGAAAGUGGUCAAUUUUAAAUCAAAUUCAUUCAUUCAUUCUUAGGAGCAUUGUGUGCUUCCUAGUGCGAAAUGUUGUUGGUCCGUCGAAAAUCGACUAUGGCCAUCGAGUCGUCCGGUGUUGAAUGACUGAUGACUGGCGCGGGUGACUUUUGUUUAUAGUGAGGAGGAGUUGCCAGAGCGUCAACCACACAUUCUCUACCGGGUCCACCUAUGUCCAGUGGCAGGACUAGGUCAGGACGACCAGGGAUGGGUACAGAUGCAGGAGUUAGAUUGUUUCAUCGUAUGCGACUUACGGGACUACAUGAUCUCAGGUUUUGAAUUCAGAGUUUCCUUCUCUUAGAUGAGUUGCCGCCAAGGUUAACAAGUACCAUCCAGCCGGGUUGCUUGUUUUUGCUUGACUGGCCUUUUGCUGGAAUUGGCAAAAUAAAAGUAUCCAGCCCCCCUCCACCAGAAGUUUUUAAAAAAAAUAAAUAUGAAUAAAAUCAUUUGUAUCAGUAAACCCUGCUGUCUGUGGCCCUUUCCCACCAUGGGUCUUGUCUGCUAGUAGUCGACCAAUGUGAAAAGAUGCCUCUGGCGGUCGUGUUGUAUGCCCUUUAUUCCUAAAUAAGUCAUUGGUACUUCUGGCCCCGGCUUUCUCACUGCCACUAACGUUGACGUGACCUGGGAUCUAGGUUGCUAAAGAACCGCAUACGGCUCGCCUAGGUUCUUAAAGAACCACAUACGGCUCGCCUAGGUUCUUAAAGAACCACAUACGGCUCGCCUAGGUUGUUAAAGAACCGCAUACGGCUCGCCUAGGUUCUUAAAGAACCACAUACGGCUCGCCUAGGUUCUUAAAGAACCACAUACGGCUCGCCUAGGUUCUUAAAGAACCACAUACUGCUCGCGAGCCGUGAUUUGCUGCCCUAGCUUUUAAAAAAAAUAAAAAAUUAUUACAUAUAAUAGAACCCAUAAUUAUUUGCCUCAAGUAGCUUCCUGCCUGUAUAUGUAAGGUGACGGCUGUGAGUCAGAGAUUAGACUUCUCUGAGAAAAAUUUUGUUCAUCUAAAACCCAACUACAAUAUGGCUACUCACACACAUUACGUGUAUUUUUUUUUAUGAAACGUAAUUUUCUUUUCAAAACUUUCUUUAAUUUUUAUCUUAAUUGUGUUCCGCGGUGAUCACUUCGUUGAUUUCCUUGAUUGCAUGCAUGUUGACAGGGGCAUUCAACACCAUUGAGAUCGUGUGGCACCUCAUGGAAUCCUCAUGGAACACCUGUGAAUAAAGGUCUUUACUGUUAUAUGGUUUCAAAAGGAGUGUUUAUAAUUCAUUUGAAUCCGCCCGUGUUUUAUACUGUGAGGAAUUGCAAUCUAAGAGUCUUCUUGGCUGAUGUUGCAACAAUUGGAGAAUGGCCGGCUAUUGUUGAUUAUCAUGGAAUGAAGGGAGUGACAGAUGAGCUUCGCUUACAGAAGUUUAGAGGUAACUGUUAAGACCAUUUGUUGAUUGUCUUUACAUAUGCAUAUAUUUAUUUAAUUUAAAGAGUUUUAAUACAUGUUUGUAAAGUUUCGUCCACUAGACAUUGUAAUUUUAUAAUUGUAAUCUGAUUUAAGUUUUUAUAUUAAGUUUAUUUUGGCAUCAAACUUUCACUUAAUGGAAGGGGUAAUAAGGGGAGAGACUGCAAUCAGGUUAGUACAAAAUAAAAUGAGUAAAACAGAGUAGGGUUAAACCUGAAAAAAUACACGCAACAAAACAGCGAACGUGUCGGCAGAAAGCCUUCGUCAGCGAACAAAACAACAGAAAAAACGGUAUAAAAAUAAGAAAUAGCACUUAGCUGGAAAGUAGUAUCUGUGGGCAGCAAUAGAAGUGUGGCAGAAGGAAAAUGAGUGAGAGUUUAAAUAUGCAGCGACGAAAAAAAGGGGGGAGAAAAAUGUUCACUGUGAUAGGUCCAGUUUGUAUAAAUAUUUGAUCACAUUUUAAGAAAAAAAAUAAUCUUCUUAUUUCAUUUAAACAGAUGAACUAACGUAUAACAGAACGUCUGAUUAUUUGUGUGAAAAAUUUCAUACCCCUCUGAAAUAUGCAUCCGUGAAUAGCGUAGCUGACAAAUGGUCCCGAACAGGUAUCAACACAUUCUAUUCUUUACACAUUUAAUCACAUAUAUUAUAAAUAAGUAUUAGGUAACAUUUUACACAUGAAUAUAGUUUGAUUUAUUUAUAGCGUACUGGAUUGUGGAUGUUCCUUUCAAUUCAUGAUAAUUUAUAACAUUCGCUAUAACAUGUAACUCAUUGACAUAUGAAGACACACACAUACAAACCCACACAGUCGCACAAUGACAGUUUGUCCACCACCACAUUUGGUUUAAGGACAUUCGUUACGUCAGCAGCUGUAAUGUUGACAUACACUUAAAGUGAUCCCGUAAAUAAUAUGCGACUGUUGCCUGAGCUGUUUCUUGGCCUGAGCUGUUUCUUGGCCUGAGCUGUUUCUUGGCCUGAGCUGUUUCUUGGCCUAGCGAUUGUUGGAUGUUGUCAAUAGUGAAUAAGGAACGUUUAUUUCAGAGUAAGAAAAUGUGGUGUUGGUUGGUUGUUUGCUUGUUGAGGUGUGCUCAAUGUUGUUAGUCUGUUUGUUGGUUGUUUGCUUGUUGAGGUGUGCUCAAUGUUGUUAGUCUGUUGUUUGUUUGCUUGUUGAGGUGUGCUCAAUGUUGUUAGUUUUUUUGUUGUUUGUUUACUUGUUUGUUGUUUCUUUGUAUGUUUGUUGUUGUUGGUUUGUAUAUUUGUUGCUGUUUGUUUUUUGUAUAUAUGUUAUGUGUUUGUUGUUGGUGUAUAAAAUAAUACCAACUUAGUCGAAAAAAAAUUGUCAUAACUAUAUUAAUUAAAUUGAGCUGUUUUUAAAAAAAAAUUGUGUGUUCUGAAUAAUUGAUGAAGGGAUUAAAUAUCUAGGACAUGUUAAGUAAUGUUGAUUCUUUCACUGAUUACAAGACAAGACAUGGCCGAUGUUGUACAAACGUCAUACUCAACAAAAAAAAGUUGUUUAGGGAUAAAGGAAGUCUGUAUAAGAAUUGUUACAUCACUGAAUAUCUGUUACCCUAUCCCACUAUGUACUUUCAUGCCCCCCCCCAAAAUCCAAAAAAACCCCCCCCCCCUUUACCCGUCAAAAAAAAAAAAAAUUAACACCUACACACAGAGGUUUAAGAUAUGAAUAGCGGUAUUCACAAAACCAACAAAGAUUUAUUCAUUUUUGAGCAUCUAUUUUUAGAUGUACUUCUGAUGUUCUGCGGAGUUGCCAUGGCCAAUGGAGUUCUUUCCGUCUAGAACACAAUCAAAGGAAGUGAUGUGAUUGCCAACAACAUCAGGUGUUGACAACAUCAAACAUACAACACGUAACACGUGAUUUUGUCAAGCAGGAACAUCAUAUCUAAUACAAAUUAUUUCACUAGAAACCACAAGCAAGUCUUGCGAUUUUAUUAAUUUUAUACCAUGAUAUAAUAAUAAUGUUUGUCUUGUGAGAGGGCGACUUGAAUAACUUGAUAAAAUUUCUGUUAAAUGAUUGCUAUCAGUCGUAGUUGAUGAACAUUCUCAUUCUGCCACUAGUGUUUAAACAAACACACUUCAUACACUGAUUAGUUCGAUUGUAAAUUUAUAAAUACUUUUAAAUGCAAUUUUAGAAAUAUAAACUCUUCACAUAACGGGAUCAGUCAAUAUCGUGGUUGUCUAUAUACAAUGUUUAUCGCCCGCUUAAUAAAGCCAAAGAUCUCAACAUUUUUUAGUUUAAGAUUAAAUCAUCUAUUUAAAUUUGUUGAAUGCAUCAGUUAUGUUAAUUAGACUACAAAUAAAACCGGGGUCAUUUAACGAAGGCUUCUAUACCAGGGGUUCUCAAUGCUAUUUUAAAAUAUUGUUGGGAUAGGAGCAUUAUGUGACAGAUAUGCUUGAUAUCCCUGUCAGUUUUCCCACUCAGCAGUUCAGAUGCCCUACAAGUGUGGUGCACAUCAACUGAGGUGCACAUCAAGUGUGGUGCACAUCAACUGAGGGGCACAUCCAGAGUGGAGCCCAUUAACUGAGGUCCAUAUCAAGUGUGGUGCACAUCAACUGAGGGGCACAAUCAGAGUGGAGGCCAUUAACUGAGGUCCACAUCAAAUGUGGUAUCCAUGAACUGAGGCGCACAUCAAGUGUGGUGCACAUCAACUGAGGGGCACAAUCAGAGUGGAGGCCAUUAACUGAGGUCCACAUCAAAUGUGGUAUCCAUGAACUGAGGCGCACAUCAAGUGUGGUGCACAUCAACUGAGGCGCCCAUCAAGUGUGGUUCAUAUCUGAUGAGAAGCCCCUGACUGAACUUGAGAUAAACAUUUAUUAUUUAGGUUUGUUUUGCAAUCAGUUCAGUAGGGCUUCACUAGGUGCCCAUUAGUUAAAUGCCCACCAGGUGCAUACAAUGUGCACAUCAGGUGCCCAUUAAUUAGGUGUCCGUCAGUUUGGUUUCAUUUAGGUGCACAUUAGGUGUCUUUUAGUUAGGUGUCCGAGAGAUGCCCAUCAGGUGCCCAUUAGUAAUGUGUCCACCAGGUGCCCAUCAGUUAAUGUGCCCAGAAGUUGUUUGCCGUUAAGUUGAGAUAUUUAGUUGAUAGCCAAAUACUGUUCUUAAUUAUGAACCAGCCAUUACACUUGACUUAUGCCGACAUCAAUGUCGUUGUCAUAACAAAACAUUAGUUGAUGUUUGAUAUGAUCAUGACUGGUUUAAAGUAACACUGGUUUUAUCAAACGCGUAUUGUUAAAUUACAUAACUUAGAAUUUUCUUAAAGGAAAACCUUGUUGAUCAGGAUAAGAAAUAAUAAACAUCCUUUCAAU